GACCCGGGCGGAGCUCUAGCGACGGAGCGCGUUACCUGCCCCCAGCGAUGCUGACGGGGGCUAAUUAAUUAGCGUAUAUAAACGUCCCUGCAGGGCUUGAGUGGCGGUAACCGUAGAAGCACUGGCAAUCCGGCCGGUUUUGUUUCGUACUCCCGGCUCGUACCUCUAGCUUGAAUUACGGCGCUUGCUUCAGCCUCUGAAGCUCCGCCGCUGGCUCGGCAGCUACGGCCAGCCCACCCCAGGCUCGUGCACAGAACCUCAGCAUCCCUGAAACAUCAUUUCUGUGUCAGAGGGCUUAGAGAUGAAAGGGCUACGCUGCGCGGUGCAGGGACGACCCCGGGUGGCGCUGGCAGCUGUGACAUUUAGAGGCAGGGUGGGGGAGAGCGACGAGAGCUGCAGCUGAACAUGGCUGAGCCGCCGGCAGAACCCCGAAGCCAAAUUAGGUGGUUUUAAUGCUUUCUCCCUUGUACACACCUAUUUACUCACGGGUUUCAUAGUGUAAAAACCUGGAUCCGGCUCCUAAUUUUCUUCCCAUGAGGUUACAGUAAAGAACUUUAUGUGAUCUGAGCAGGACAAUUAAACCUCUAAUGAAACGUUAGCCAGGCAAGAGAUAUAGGAUUACUUUCUGCAGAAACAAGCAUCACCACCGUACGGGCUAAGGAAGCUCUUGCUAGCAACCAUUUCGGAUGUUGUUGCAGCCAAAUACCUUUUUUAUUUGAUUUUUAACCAUACAGGUUAAUUUCUGGAGCUUCAAAGUACAAGAAGAGGUAUUUUGAGAUGCUUGCUAUUUGUGGAUUUUGGAGCAGGAGAAACAAUGGGAAGCGUGCCUGAUGCUGCAGAGAGGCCUUGGAGAUGAUUCCAUGAAACCACUAGGAUGCCUGGCUGCUUUAAAAAGACUUUAUUUGCCUUGGCUUCUCUAAUAAGUUUUGCAUCUUUUAUCUUGAUCGUUGUUGCAAUGGGGACCCCAAAGUGGAUGACUGGAAAGAUCCUUUGCAAAACAGGAGCUGAUUUGGUCAACGCCACAGAUCCAGAGCUGGUCAAAUUCAUUGGAGACAUUUACUACGGACUCUUUCGAGGCGGCAAAAUACGCCAGUGUGGGUUGGGUGGGCGGCGUUCCAAAUUCACCAUUUUCCCACACAUGGUGAAAAAGCUGAAUACAGGCCUGCACGUGAUGAUUAUAAUGUUCCUCUGUGUGGCCACUGUCUUUUCUCUGGUCAGUUUUGGAUUCUGCAUUCUGAAUGCAAUCAAAGUUCCUUACCGGGCUAUUAAAGGUCCAGCAGGAGUAUGCCUUUGGAACUGCCUUGCAGGUGGAUUUAUAGUACUUUCAGUCACCAGCUUUAUGGCUGCUGUGAAACUCCAUCACCUCACAGAAAGAAUUGCCAAUUUUCGGGAAAAUGUCUUUCAAUUUGUUAUCUUAGAAGAAGAGUUUGAAGACUGUUUUUGGCUUUGCGUGGCAGGUGCCACAGCACACGCAGUAAAUUUGCUGCUAGUAGCCAUCAGUGGGAUUCAUUUCCCUAAAAUUAAGACUAAAACAGAAGAAGCAAAUGUUACAGCAGAAGAUAUCAUGUACUAGUAAGU